AUGGAUGCAACAAAUGCCUUUCUUCAUGGUGAUUUAGAAGAAGAGGUAUACAUGACUCCAUCAUCGAGUCUUUGUCAACACGGGGAGAGACUUACUAAAGGUGCAUCCACAACUAUGGUGCUUAUCUAUGUAGAUGGCAUAGUGAUAACGGGCAAUGAUAAUGCUGCUAUACAAAGUUUGAAACAUUUUCCACACAAACAAUCUUAUAUCAAGGAUCUAGGCCCUCUAAAAUUCUUUCUUGGGUUGGAAGUUACAAGAUCCAAAGCAGAUACUACACACUCAAUUAACAUUCUAAGUCAAUUUAUGCAUGCGCCAAGAAAGCCUCAUUGGGAUGCCGUUCUUCACAUCAUUAAAAAUCUUAAAGGUAGUCUAGGUCUGGGCCUAUUGUUUUCAUCAAGAAAUUCUUUCAACUUGAAGGCUUAUUGCGAUGCAAAUUGGGCAAACUGUCUUAUGACUAGAAGAUCAACUACAGGUUAUUAUGCAUUCUUGGGAAAUUCACUGAUCUCAUGGAAAAGCAAAGAAAUAGAAAACAGUCUCAAGAUCAUCAACAGAAGCUGA